GAGAGGAGUGGGAGGGGUGUCUGAGUGACUGAGCGAUCAGAUCAGAUUGGUUAGAGAGAGACAGAAAGAGAGGCCUUGUUGUUCCAUAAACACCUAGCGCCCACUGUCAUGCCCAUGUCAACAACUCCAACCUGCCGCCGAUCACCCCGAGACCCAUCGCUGCUGUCGACAAGAGAGAGGCAGAUGGAAAUAAUCCAGCUCUGAGCUCAGACGUGGAAGAGGAGCAGAAGGAAGAGUAGGGACUCUGAGAUCUAGAACCAUCAGUAGUUACCAUGGAGAACUUUCUGAAGGAUAAGGAUAUUUGGAUAGUAGGGAGUGUGUGUCUGGUGGCCUCGUUCCUAUGGAGACGGAUCUGGAAUUUAUUCACCUACAAGAGGAAGAGGGAGAGGGACAGGGACCAACCCUUUCCAGACAUGCAGCUGAAGGACAAUGGGAUGAGGGAUGGAAAGGACAAGGUCAAACUCAGCCUGAAAGGCCUGAAAGCCCAGAAGAAGAAGAAGCCUCCACAUGCAUCGGACUCUGUAGAGACCCUUCUUCUAGACCAGGUGGAGAAGCUCAACAGGCAGAAUGCUGAACUUUCCCAUGGUAACGGGGUGGUUCUGGACAUGCUCCGCACCCCCGUCGUCCAACCAGAGGACCUGGAGGAUCUAGAGGGGGAGGAGGAGGAGAAGAGGAGAACCCCUGAACGGGAGGAAGAACAGAAGGCUAGGGAGGAAGAGGAGGGGGAUAUAUUUGGUGAAUCUGAGGAAGAGGAGGGUAGGGAGGAACAAGGUGGAGAGGAAGAGGUGGAGAAGAGAAGGGGAGGAGGGGAAGAAGAGUCAUCAUUGUCACCAGAACCUCUAGAAAGCUCUGAAGAGUUAGGUGAAGUGGCCGCCAGCAGUAAAAACUGUGUCACAGAGGAGGACCCACUGAAAGAUGGCCAAUCAAAGGCAGAGAAGAUGAAGGAGGAAGAAGAGGUGGAUGAUGGACAGCCAGAAGAGUACAUCAUUGACUUUACCCCUCCGCCAGCAGCCCCCUUUGACCACCGCAUUGUGACUCCAAAACCUCACCAGAUUGCUACCUUCUACGCCAUUAACAGAGACGAGGUCCUAGGAGGGGGACGUUUUGGACAAGUCCACAAAUGUGUGGAGAACUCUUCUGGACUGACUCUGGCUGCCAAGAUGAUCAAGGCCAGGAGCCAGAAAGAAAAGGAUGUGGUGAAGAAUGAGAUCCAGGUGAUGAACCAGCUGAACCACGCUAACCUUAUUCAGCUCUACGCCGCCUUCGAAUCACGCCAUGACAUCAUCCUCGUCAUGGAAUAUGUGGAUGGCGGGGAGCUGUUCGACCGGAUCAUAGAUGAGAACUACAAUCUGACAGAGCUGGACACAGUGCUGUUUAUCAGACAAAUCUGUGAGGGACUACAGUACAUGCACAGGAUGUACAUCCUGCAUCUAGACCUCAAGCCCGAGAAUAUUCUGUGUGUGAGCAGAGCCACAAACAAGAUCAAAAUUAUUGACUUCGGGCUCGCCAGGAGGUAUAAGCCCAGGGAAAAGCUGAGGGUGAACUUCGGAACGCCUGAGUUCCUGGCUCCGGAAGUCAUCAACUAUGAGUUUGUCUCAUUCCCUACGGAUAUGUGGAGUCUGGGGGUCAUCACUUACAUGCUGCUGACAGGUCUGUCUCCGUUCCUGGGGGACGAUGACAAUGAGACUCUGAACAACAUCCUGGCCUGUCAGUGGAACUUUGAGGAGGAGGCGUUUACAGACAUCUCUGAGGAGGCCAAAGACUUCAUCACACGCCUGUUGGUCAAGAGCAAGAGUUGGAGGAUGAGUGCCUCACAGUCACUAAAACAUUCCUGGCUGUCGGAUCACAAUCUUCACUAUCGCCUGCAUCAGAAGUCUCCCCUCCAAAAUGACUCCCCAGACCCUGUGGGCACCUUAUGAUGACACGGGUCGGUGCCUUUUGAUGACACUGAGGCCAGGGACAGGGCUCAACACUGGACCAACACUGCCGUAUCCCUAUGGCUACUGUAUUACUACUCUCUACUAUGCCUCGCAUCUGUUAGCUUAGCUCUGCAGCUUGUGCAACUGACUUAAAAAUGUACCGUAAACUCACUCCACAGCUAGCUUGAAAUGUCGCUGAUAGAGCUAUCGAGUUAGAUAGCUCAAACGGUUUGUACGUUGUCAAGGAAAGAGGUCACUAUAAAAUGCACUUUAAUGUAUCACUAUCAAAUGCAAACAUAACCACUUUUUUGAACAAUCAUAUUUCUUACAUUUUCAGCUUACUGUAGAUUUCAAAUAACUCAACACAGGCCUAGUUUACCAAGUCUUAUCAUACCAUUGCAUUGUAUUUGUUUGUUGGGUUUUGAUUUAAAAUAAAGCUUUGGGUGCAAUUUAUUUUCUUGGUAUUGUAAAAGUUUAGUUUCUAUAGAGUUAGGAAUUCAUUUUUACACACCUUUCUCCUUGGUUUGCCCCAUCAAACUUUUAAUAGAUCACAUUCAUUAAAAGAAAUCAAUCAUUAUCAAUCCAGGUCAACAUAAACUUGUCGAUAUUAGACAUAAAUCCUCACUAUUAACCCCUGCUGCUCUGCCCGUUGCUACUGACUUUAAUUUCUCCUGGAGCCACUGCUGUGAAUAUACUGUAAAACUGCCUCUUCUGUGCCUGCAUGCUGUUGGCUUGACCUCAACCUUUUACCUUUCUUUGCUUUCGCCCUUUGGAUUAACCCUCUCACCUUCAAUGAAGGCAUAUUACUGAUCAACAAAACACUACCUAUAUGAUUUCAUAAUUCAUGUUUAUCGCUGAAGUUAGUAGCCUAAGUGCCAGUCUGUUUGUGUUGUCAUGACAACUCCUUGUCACUCCUUGUCAUGACAUAUAUUUGUACUACCCUUUCGACUGGGCACACAAUGAAAUUAUGUUGACCCAACGUGGAAUAGACGUUGAAUUUACGUCUGUGCCCAGUGGGUUGUGAUUGGAGGGUAGCUGUGAGGGUUAUUGAAUUAGGGUCAAAUCCAGAAGAUUUGAUCCUGAUAUCUGAUUGCUGGGAGGCCAGACUGUUUGGCUUGACAAUGAGCAAUGGAGUUCGCAUGAGCUACAACAGAUCUGAGACCAGUCUAUGGAGUUACAGUGGGGCAAAAAAGUAUUUAGUCAGCCACCAAUUGUGCAAGUUCUCCCGCUUAAAAAGAUUAGAGAGGCCUGUCGUUUUCAUCACGGGUACACUUCAACUAUGGCAGACAAAAUGAGAAAAAAAAAUCCAGAAAAUCACAUUGUAGGAUUUUUAAUGGAUUUAUUUGCAAAUUAUGGUGGAAAAUAAGUAUUUGGUCACCUACAAACAA